AUGAUGGAGAAAGAUAUACUGAUACAAUUGUGGAUGGCAAAUGGUUUUAUUCCAUCUAAAGAACAAACGACAUUACAUAAUGUGGGCCAUGGGAUUUUCUGGGACUUGGUUUGGAGGUCCUUCUUACAAGAUGUGGAAGAGCACGAGGAUGGAACAAUAGUUUGUAAAAUGCACGACCUCAUGCAUGAUCUUGCACAAUCUAUUAUGAGAUACGAAUGCUCUAUUAUGGAGCCUCAUGAGGCCAUGAAAAUUGAAGAUAAAAUUCGUCACUUGUCUUUUAAUAUUGGCCAUGGAGGGAUUGUUCCUUGGAAUGAGAUUGUAUUUGAAGUCCCAUCUUUGCGGCCUGUUUUAAUAUUGUCCCAGCCUGUCAUCUUCACUUACAAGGACAAUUGUUCACCUUACAUUUCAAAUCAAAAGUAUCCUAGAGUGUUGGAUUUUGGUAAAAAUGCUUAUGAGAAGUUGUCAAUGUCAAUUUCCAAUUUCAGCCAUCUUAGGUAUCUGGACAUGUCGUGGUCUAAUAUGAAAAUUCUACCGGAAUCAAUAUGUAAUAUCCAAAACCUGCAGACACUGAAGCUACAAUAUUGCCGACAACUUCAGAAGUUGCCCAAUCGCAUGAAGCACAUGAGAAAUCUCACUUACUUGGACAUCACAGGGUGUGAGGGUUACCAAAUUGGUGAGCUGAAAGAAUUAAAUCUUGGGGGUACAUUGAGCAUAAAGAGACUCGAGAAUGUAAGAAAUUCAGAAGAUUUCAAGAAGGCCAAUUUGAAGAGGAAACAAGAUCGUAUUUCUUUAGAAUUAUAUUGGAGCAAGAGCAAUGAAGAAAACAUUCCAAAGAAUGUCAAAGAGGUUCUUGAGAGUCUCCAACCUAAUUUGAAUCUGAAGAAGUUGAGCAUAAAUUUCUUUCAAGGUUCAAAGUUUCCAAAUUGGAUGUUGGGUUUGGUUCUUAAAAAUCUGGUUAAGAUCUCCUUCAAAGAUUGUAAAAGAUGUGAACAUCUUCCUCCUCUUGGCAAACUACAAUCCCUAAAAAUUCUCAAGAUUGAAUGCAUGUUUUCUCUUAAGUACUUCAACCAUGGGGAUUAUGGAGAUGGGGAAAGUUCAUUCCCUGCAUUGGAGACUCUCAUGUUCAAUGAAAUGCCAAGUUUGGAGGAGUGGGCAAUAAUGGAUAGAGGAGAAAUUUGCCCUUGCCUACGGAAGUUGGUGAUAUCUGGGUGCCCCAAAUUGACAAAUUUGCCUUCUCUUCUAGCACUUGAGAGAUUAACAAUUGAGGGAGGAAAUGAAAUGUUAUUUAGGUCCGUGAUUAAUCUUAUGGCCUUGGAGUCCUUACCCCUUGUAUGA